AUGCUUUGCGUUCCAUUUCUUGUCCUGGUCUUGUUAUUCGGCAAUGUUCUAGCAUUAGCUCCCGUUUCCUCAACCCAAGGCCUCACAGCUGGCCAACAAAUCCAUCGCCGAGGCGUGCCAGACCCUGAAGAAAAAGAAUCUUAUGUGGUCGAUCUUCAGCCUCCCACCGUCCUCUCGAAGUGCAACAGCUUCAACUGCCACGACCCCGAUCGGAAACCCGAGGUCGGCGAAACGGUGGUGGACGGCAAAGUGCAAAAGAUCCCCUUUGACCAACUGAAGCUCUGGAAAACCGUCGCCGACGCCUACGACUACAUCGUCAAGAACUUCCCCAAGCAGUUCGCCUACAUCUACCACAUCGACGGCAACGCGAUCGAGCCCAAAGCCGACCCCCGGACCGCCCUGGCCAAGAUCUCGUGGUCCAACGUCGUCGGGUCCCGACUGAUCGCGAACAAGAAGUUCAAUCCCGUGGAGGAGCCAAACCGCAAGUUCAAAGCCAUCAAGAAAAAAGGGGCCAGUCUGCUCAAGAGCUGCUUCGGGCUGGGAGGCGGCAAGAAGCCGGGCAAAAAGUGCAAGAGCACCGGGGCUGCCGCCCGCGCCGGUGCCAAGGUGCGUCGUGCCGCGGGCGAUGAUCAGGACGCCGAGGGGGAUUGCGAGUGUGAAUAG